AAUAUUUCUUGCUUGCGCCUCAAGCCGCCCUGCCCCGCGUCCGCGUUGCCUAAUCGCCCAAGGACUAGGGCUUCAUCUUCCAUUCCCACGCACUUGUCCAGUAGCUCGCUUAAUCCUCGCGCGCCUAGGUAAGUACGCGCGUGCACCCCGUCGCCUGCACGUUCAACCUCGCGCUCGUCCCCGACAGUAUCGCGCGCGUGUCUGUCCGCGUAUCGCGCCUCGCCGGCACGACGACUUAGCCUCCCUCGCGCAUGCCACGCAUGACUCGCUGCAGAUGACAACAUCAGAAGUCGUUACUCAAUUUCGUGGAUACAAUCCUGAGAAAUUCUCAGGACAAGGAGAUCCUCGUCUAGUGGAGGAGUGGAUUCAGGGUCUCGAAACUAUUUUUGAGAUCACUGAAUGCACAGAAAGGCAGCGUAUUAUUUGUGCUCAACUGCAAAUGACCGGAGAUGCUCGGUUAUGGUGGAACUCCUACUGGGGCAUGCGUCCUGGGGAGAAAGAAAAUCUCACUUGGAUACAAUUCAAGGAGAUGAUGAAAGAGAAAUACUAUCCAGCUCACUAUCGGGCUGAGAUGGAACGUCAAUUCUUGGCAUUAUCCCAAGGAAAUCGUACAGUUGAUGAGUAUGAGAGAGA